UAAACAAAACCUGCUUUUAUUUUCGCUGUAGCCUGGUGGCCUCUUCUCUCCUUUACUAUUACAUACAACUAAGUCUUUGGUUUCCUAAUAUCUAAACGAGCUAGGUGUCGUCAACGUAUAGUACUUUUUCGCCAAAUGGUAUUCGCAUCCGAUUUAAUAAGCGGUAUCAUAGUCAAACAUCCGACGACAUGGAUCCUACGCCUAACGAAAGACGACGCUCUUGUUCGGACGUACCAGCAAAGCAAAUUACUUCACAGCUGGCAGAAACUACCGCCUCCCCGCGUCCAGGAUCUCCCAGCCAGAACUUUUCACAUAAACAAUCAACCUCGAACUCCGUAGACAACUGGCUUCGAAAUGUCGAACGAAACCCGCAAGAUCCGAGCCUAUUACCCCCAAGUCCAAGACAAUCACAUAUAUCCUUAAGUUCGGGGCGCCCGGUAGAUGAUGGCCUAGUCGAUGAAUGUCUGUCUGGUUACUGUUCGUCUGCCGCCCGCAGAGCCCGCAACGUUAAGUAUGCGAGGCCGGACUGUGUACACAUGGAGCUCCCACUCCAUCUCCCCGAAUGGGUAGAGGAGGCUGUGGAGAGACUCUUCUUACAACCUACCACAAAUAUAUUCCCGCAUGAAGAAAGAAAAAAGAGGUAUAUAUGGUAUAAAGAUGCAGCGCAGAGUCUCACUAUUAUGGUAAAUCUACAAGCAUCGAUAAUGUAUAUGUUGGGAAUGGAUUUGACGGAUGUCCAACCUAUCAACCCGGAUACUCCGGUUGCUGCUAGUCAACAUUGCCACUGGCGGCAUCAACAGGUCGUUUACCAAACCGUGCAAGGUUCAUAUUGCAAAACUAUUGCCCCGAAACCCGACUUAGCCUAUGGGUACCUCGAGUUCAAGAUUCCUGGGCUAUGGUCAACAGCGCCGGAGGCAACCGCUAGGGGGGAGUUCUUAACAACUGACGAUGGCUUUUGUUUCCCGUAUUUCAUCCUACAAUUCGGCGGCGGCCAUCGAUCGACAAGGAUAAACAUGGGCCUUAAUAGUGCUUCAUCGGCCUUAUUCACAUAUAAUAAGAUCGUUCAAGAUCGUGGUUUCGUCAUUUACGCCACCGUAGAACAGUAUACCCUUGUAAACUUCUACCUCAUGUGGUCGGAACCGGGUAUACCCGGUGAGGUUGGAAUAUCGGAUGAACCUGCCAAAUUUACCUCAUACAGAAUGGCAUUAUUCCGGAGUUUAAUCUUAACUAGACCGCAAGACUAUGAGGCCUGUCUUAUGUUGGUCAGUAAUAUCCAUAAAUGGGGCCGGGGAGAGAGGUAUGAUGGGAUUCUCGAAGGGCUUGAGAAAUCAUAUGGGCCGUCAAAGCUAUAAGGCUUUUCCAAGCGUGUAUGUGGUCAAUCGGGUAGCUGAGUUGUACGAGGCUAUUUGAUUGUAUAUGAGGUUAGGUUAGGUAUGUACAUGAAUAAGUUG